AGACACUGCGGCUCCGGGGGGCUGACCUGGCGGGGAGUGGCCGUGCAGUCCUCUCCGGCGCCGCUUUGUGCGCGCAGCCGCUGGCCCCUCUGCUCCCGGGUCUGCCCCCCGGGACGCCCCCCGUGCCCCGCCCCAGUCAUGCAGCUUUACCUGCCUCUCCACCGUGGACCUUUGGAAAGCAGCCGCCCACCCUGGGGGCUCCGGCCCUGACCGUUCCAGGAGCCGGUAGGUGUCUGCCCGGGCCCGCCCGCACCAGCGGCGCCUGCCGGUGCCCCGAGCUGCAAAGUUGUAGGAUAGGAGUGAGUUGGGAAGUUUGCUCGAGGGCUGGUGCAGGCUUGGAGCCGAGGAUCCCGCGCUGCCCUGGGAGCCUGAGCCGGCCAGGGAUCAAAACUUUGUGUGACUGACCUCAACAACAAUACAUUCAGAUUCUCCUCAGAACUGAGACUUUCCAAAGGACAAAUGACUCUGUUUCCCAUGCUCUUUCAUUUUUUCCUACUCCAUAGCUAUGUCUCGGUCUCGCCAUGCUCGGCCUUCCAGAUUAGUCAGAAAGGAAGAUCUAAACAAAAAGAAAAACAACCAGCUGAAGAAGACAUCCAAGCCAGCCAACAAAAAUGUGGCAUCGGUCAAGACUGUGAGCCCUGGAAAAUUAAAGCAAUUAAUUCAAGAAAGAGAUGUUAAGAAAAAAACAGAACCCAAACCAUCUAUGCCAGUCAGAAGCCUUCUGACAAGAGCUGGAGCUGCACGCAUGAAUUUGGAUAGGACUGAGGUUCUUUUCCAGAACCCGGAGUCCUUAACUUGCAAUGGGUUUACAAUGGCUCUGCGAAGCACCUCUCUUAGCAGACGACUCUCCCAAACCCCUUUGGUCAUAGCCAAACCUAAGAAAGUUCCAACUUCUAAGAGUUUAGAAAAGCAACAUGAGUGUGAUUGUAAGGUACUCACUGACGUGGGAAUAAAGCACUCAGAAAAUGGUUCAGUCCCAAUGCAGGACCCCCUAAUCCCUCCUAAUAUAGAGAAUCUAACUGGUGUACAAAAUGCAUCUUUAAUUAAAGGUGAGAGCCAAAAGACAAUGCAGUCUUGGUCCCAAAGGGUUGAAGAUUCCAAAAUAAAUGUCUCCACUCACAGCUCCCCUGCAACAGAGAUCCUUUCUGGGCCAUUGGAAGGGGCGAGUUAUAGUGAAGGACUAUUCUCUGAAGAGACAUUGAGUGAUACCAGCGAUUCCCCUAGAGUGUUUGCUCAGGACACUGUGUGUGCUCCUUUGCCCCAAAGAGCAGCCUCCAUAGUUACCUCUCAAAGUAACCCUAACAUUCAGUUGGAAGACUUGGGUUCACAAGUAGAAUCUCUUAAGCUAUCUGAUCCCAUCAAAAGUGAACGUGAUUGCUGCCCCACCUCCAGUUUUAAUAAGGUUAUCCCUGAACUGGGCCUUAGAAACUGCUUGUCUGUUGGUGGACCUAUACAUCCCACCUCGCUAAUAAAACUCCUCUUGGUGGGGUCACGACCAGAAGCCCUUGGUGCUAAACUAGAUCAUCAAGAAGCCCUCAAAGCUCCCCCAGUUCAACAGGAAGUUCCUGAUACCACCUCUGUCCUAGGUGCUAUCCCGCAUCAGUGGAAAUUUCCUGGUGCUAACCCAGCCCAUGGUGAGGCCCUGGGUGAGAUCCCAGCCCCACCAGAGGUUCCCGGUGCUACUCCAGUCCAAGGAGAGGUUUUUGGUACUAUCCUAGAACAAGAAACUCUUGGUGUGGGUGGAACUGCUGCCCCAGACCUUCCUGUCUUCCUUCCUGUUCCUCCAAACCCAGUUGCUACCUAUAAUUCUCUCCCCAAAUGGCCUGAGACCCAGAGAACUGCCUCACAUGGGCUUGAGGUCCAGGGUGCUAUGCAGAUUUUGCCUUUGUGCUCAGGACACACUCCUCGAUUGUCAUCAAACUCAGAGAUAAGUUCGGUACCUCCAGGAAUGGCUGCAAGCAAUGUAGAAAACGAAAAGCAGGUUCAUGUAAGCUUUCCACCAGUUACCACUCAGGGGUUCCAAUUAGCUCCUGAGAGAAGACUCUGCCAGGCUUCACCCAGUGUCGCUCACCUCUCCCAGGCUGGUCCUAGCAAGUUGAAAGGAGGGAGUUCUCAGGCCAGCAUGACCAGCAUCCCCACAGUGGUAUCUACUACAGGGGCACUUGUCAAUACCUCCCUUUCUCCUUCCUAUACAACUUUGCUACCUACUUUGGAAAAGAAGAAACGGAAGCGAUGUGGGGUCUGUGAGCCCUGCCAGCAGAAGACCAACUGUGGUGAAUGUACCUACUGCAAGAACAGAAAGAACAGCCAUCAGAUCUGUAAGAAGAGGAAAUGUGAGGAGCUGAAAAAGAAACCAUCCGUCAUUGUGCCUUUGGAGGUUAUAAAAGAAAACAAGAGGCCCCAGAGGGAAAAGAAGCCCAAAGUUUUAAAGGCAGAUUUUGACAACAAACCAGUAAAUGGCCCCAAGUCAGAAUCCAUGGAAUAUAGUAGAUGUGGUCAUGGGGAAGAACAAAGAUUGGAAUUGAACCCACAUCCCCUUGAAAAUGUAACUAAAAAUGAAGAAAGCAUGACAGGAAUUGAGGCAGAGAAGUGGACGCAAAAUAAGAAAUCACAUUUAACUGAUCAUGUCAAAGGCGAUUUCAGUGCAAGUGUGGCAGAAGCUGAAAAAUCGAAAAACUCUGAAAUUGACAAGAAACAAAUCAAACCUCCAAAAUUGUUUGCACAAACUAUCAGAAAUGGCAUUAAAAAUGUACACUAUUUCCCAACAGAAGCAAAUGUAUCAUUUAAAAAAAUCCAUAUUGAAGAAUUUGGCAAGGCAUUUGAAAACAACUCCUAUAAAUUCCUGAAAGACACUAUAAACCAUAACAAUGCCAUGAGCUCCAUUGCUACUAGUGCAAGUUGUGAUCAUCUCAAGGGGAGAAGUAAUGUCUUAGUCUUCCAGAAGCCUGGCUUUAACUGCAAAUCUAAACCAGAUUCUGCAAACUGCAGCGUAAAUAGUCAUACUAACAUACACAAUGAACGUGAUCAACCAAAAACUCCUGAGAAUAUACCAACUAAAGAACCAAAAGAUGGAUCUCCAGUUCAACCAAGUCUUUUAUCCCUAAUGAAAGAUAGGAGAUUAACACUGGAGCAAGUGGUAGCCAUUGAGGCCCUGACGCAACUCUCAGAAGCCCCAUCAGAGAAUUCCUCACCAUCAAAGUCAGAGAAAGAUGAGGAAACACAUCAGAGAACAGCUAGUUUACUUAACAGUUGUAAAGCUAUCCUCUACUCUGUAAGAAAAGACCUCCAAGACCCAAACUUACAAGGGGAGGCACAAAGCCUUCGUCACUGUCCAUCUUUGGAAAAGCAAAACUCAUGCAACAUGGUAGUGUUCAAUGGCCAAAAUGCCCUUUCCAAGUCACAUAUCUGCUCAGUUACUAACAAAGAAUCCACAAAGUCAAACGAAUAUUCAGAAGCCACAAAUUCAGUAUCUCCUGUUAUACCCAAAUCAAAUUCAUCUAACAUUGACACCAAUACAAAAGUUGCUCAAGGUAGAACUAUUCUGGACAGUUGUUCAAACAAUUUCCAUCAGCUGCCACCAAAAAGUACAAAAUUGGAGUAUUGUAACCAGUUACUGGACAGCAGUAAAAGGUUGGACUCAAACAAUCCACCAUGUCAGGACGUAGCACAUACUCAAAUUGAGGAGGAUGUUGCAACACAAUUAACACAACUUGCAUCAAUAAUUAAAUUAAAUUACAUAAAACCAGAAGACAAAAAAAUUGAAAGUACACCAACAAGCCUUGCUGCACAUAAUGUACAGCAAAACCAUAGUCAAGAGAAGGAUGUAAUACAACAGAAACCACCAUCAAGUGUGCAAAGUAACCAUGACCCAUCACUAACAAAGCAAAAGAAUACAACCCAGAAAAAGACGAAAUCCACUCCAUCAAGAGAUCGGCGGAAAAAGAAGCCCACGGUUGUAAGUUCUCCAGAAAAUGAUCAGAAGAAGCAGGAAGAGUUGUCAUAUGAGUACAGUAAGUUCCAUGACAUUUGGAUAGCAUCCAAAUUUCAAAGAUUUGGUCAAUUUGUUCCACAUGAUUUUCCUAUUCUAUUGGGAAAAAUUCCACCCCUGACCAAAUGGAAAGCAUUGGUUCCAACAACUUCAACAUUAAAACACAAAAAAUUAUUUCCCCCACUUACUCAGAUAAAAUUUGAGAGAUAUCCUGAAUUAGCACAGGAAAAAAAGGUAAAGGCUGAACCAUUGGAUUCUCUCCCUUUAUCUCACUUUAAAACAGAAUCCAACGGGCAGGUGUUUACAGAUAAAGCUUAUAAUUCUCAGGUACAGUCAACAGUGAAUGUCAAUCAGAAAGCUCAUCCCUUGCCCCAGCCCUCUUCUCCACCUAACCAGUGUGCUAACGUGAUGGCUGCCAAUGACCAAAAACAGUUUCAGCAGGAUGUUAAAAAAGAGCAACCUGUGCAUCAGCACCUGCCAACAUUGCCUGGUAUCUCUCACGAGACACCAUUACCGGACCCAGCACAAAUUCUCAGGAAUGUAAAUGUAGUAUGUUCAGGUGGAAUUACAGUGGUUUCUACCAAAAGUGAAGAGGAAGUCUGUUCAUCUAGUGUUGGAGCAUCAGAAUUUUCCUCAGGAGACAGUGCACAGAAAAGUUUUAAUGAUUAUGCCAUGAACUUCUUCACCAACCCUACGAAAAACCUGGUGUCUGUAACGAAGGAAUCUGAUCUGCCAAACUGCGACUGCUUUGAUGGAGCUACACAAAAAGACAAAGGCCCAUAUUAUACACACCUUGGGGCAGGACCAAGUGUUGCUGCUGUCAGGGAAAUCAUGGAGAAUAGGUAUGGUCAAAAAGGAAAAGCAAUAAGGAUAGAAAAAAUAGUGUACACGGGAAAAGAAGGAAAAAGCUCUCAAGGGUGUCCAGUAGCUAAGUGGAUUUUAAGAAGAAGCAGCGAAGAAGAAAAGGUUCUUUGUCUGGUCCGGGAGCGUCCAGGCCACCGCUGUUCCUCAGCUGUGAUCGUGGUACUCAUCAUGGUGUGGGAAGGCAUUCCUCUCCCGAUGGCAGACAGAUUGUACACGGAGCUCACCGAGAAUCUCAAGUCAUACAAUGGUCAUCCCACAGACCGAAGAUGCACCCUCAAUGAAAAUCGUACGUGUACAUGUCAAGGAAUUGAUCCAGAGACUUGUGGAGCAUCUUUCUCUUUUGGCUGUUCAUGGAGUAUGUAUUUUAAUGGAUGCAAAUUUGGUAGAAGCCCAAGCCCCAGAAGAUUUAGAAUUGAUCCAAGCUCUCCCUUACAC